UUUUUAAUUUUUCAGGACGCUUGGAAUAUCACGUAGUGGCAUGGGUGUAGCUUCUUUUGUUCUCUCUCUAGUAAUAUGUGCAAUAAGCGAAGAAAUUAGAUAUUUUACCAAACACUUUGUUUUCAUAUUUUCUAGUGCAAUAUGCGCUACUUUACCAAUUCCAUUAAUGUUCUUCAGAAUCAGGAAUUGGCAGAACGCUUUAAUACCAGCCUGGGGUGCAAGACAAAUUGCGAAAUUAAUCGGAAUUAAUUAUCAAAUUCGAGGGAAAGAAAAUAUAGUUAAUGAUUCCGGAGCAAUUGUAUUAAUCAAUCAUCAAAGUAAUUUAGAUCUCUGUGUCUUAGCCGAACUUUGGCCUGUACUCCAAAAAUGCACAGUCAUCUCUAAGAAGCAAGUUCUUUAUUUCGGUACAUUCGGCUUGGCGAGUUGGCUUUGGGGAACAAUUUUUAUCGAUAGAGUGAAAAAAGAAGAGGCCCAACGGACUGUCAAUUCGACUGCUACGAUUAUUCAGCAGCGACAGGCAAAAGUUCUUAUGUAUCCUGAGGGAAAACGUCACACAGGCUCGAGCUUAUUACCUUUUAAGAAAGGCGGAUUUCACUUAGCCAUUGACUCGCAAACGCCUAUUCAACCGGUUGUCGUUUCCAGAUAUUAUUUUAUAAAUGACAAACUGAAAAAGUUUGAUUCCGGUACAAGUUACAUCACAAUAUUACCAGCUAUAUCGACAAAAGGCAUGACUAAGGAAAAUCUGUCGAAGCUGAUUGACCACACGUACGAGACGAUGAACAAAGUAUAUCAAGAAUCAACGCAGGAAGUACUCGCGAAUCAUAUGGAGAGUCUUAAGUUAGAUUGACGAGAGACGACGCAUAAUCAAUCUUAUUUGUGAAAAAAGUCAAUGAAAAUGGCCAUUUAUGAGAAUUUCUCCAAACGACUUACCGGCAAAAAUAUGUGCUAUGCACAUUGCGCAAAUCUUGCAAUGCCGAAUGCCUUUUAAUGCAUGGAAGGAUAAUAAAUGUUAAACUGAUUUUUGUUU